AUGUUGCCAGGGAGCGUGUACGUGACGGAGAGACCAGCGAUGUCUGUCUUCAGCCACAAGGAGGCGCCUCCUGCCCACGAGCUCGAUGCUAUCGCUGGGGAUAUGUUCAGCCUGAUCCAGGAGCUUAGGAGAAUGUCGCAAGAGAUCGGGCAUCGUCACAUCAGCAGAAUAGCAGAUGAUCUUGACAGGACUUUCUUCCGCCUCAAGGACUGGCAGAGUCGAAACUGCGCAGGGGCGUCGGGAGCAAGGAGCUCGUUGCUACUCCCUAAGUGCAGUCGGGAGCGGGAGGGAAGGAGGAAUGGAACCCCCAAGCUCUUGAGUCCCUUCCUCUCAAGCGUUCGCUUCACUCCUCGACAGCUCUCUCUCUCCUUCUCAGCCCCUCCUGCCAGCCCCAGCACUAGCUGGAUCCCUUCCUACCACCCAAUGUCUGCUACACUCGGGAGAAGGGAGGAGCAAAUUUCUCCUGUGCUCGUUGACUCUUCCUUCUCCUCUCCUCUAUUUCCUUCGGGACAGGAACAGCGCAGGAGCGAGGGAGGAGGAAGGAGAGGGAGGGAGGGACAGCUGGGGCUCGAGGUGGACAAGCCAUGGGGAGAGGAGGAGGAGGAAGAGGAGGAGGAGGAGGAGGAGGAGGAGGAGGAGGAGGAGCUCUGCAGUCUCAUCUCAAGAUCGCUGCACAGGGUGGGAGGGAGGAAGGAGGCAGAGGUUUCUAUGUCUUCCCCUCCUGAACCUCCUCAGUCUCCCCCCAACGCACUCUUCUUACCCCCCCAGGCUAUUGUCGACGACCAUCCUUCCUCUAACCAGCCUCCUCCUCCUCGUUUUCCAAGCGCUUCAGACUCCUCCUCCUUCCCCUAUCCUCUUCCUCGAUCGGAUCAUAGACCUUCGUCGGCAGUACAGCUCCAGCCUGCUGCCUCCAUCUCUCAUCUUGCAGCUGCUGGCAAGCAGCUGGGACAGGCCAGGAAAGCUGAGGGAGGAGUAGCGGGCCACGUGAACAGCCUGGGGCUUUCUCCAACCGGCGUGCGAGGGCAGCAACGGAAGGGGGACGCGGAAGUGUGGCACAUCAGAAGAGAGGAGGAGAGAGCAAAGAAGCAAAACAAGGAAGAGCAGCAGAGUCAGAGUCAGAGUCAGAGUCAGAGUCAGGGGAAAGAGGGCGACGAGGAUAAGCUUAAUCUGUUCACAUGCCACAGUCUGUUCAACCUUCAGACAGCAGUGCCGAAACUGAGCAUUCCCAUGAGAGCUAAGGUGUACUCCCUUAGUUCAGCUCCUCCUCAGCCUCUGCUCUCUUCCUCUGUCUCCUCCUCUUUGCUCCCUUGUCUUCGUAUCCUUGCGGUCUACUCCGUUCUAUCCUCUCCUUCGGGCUUCCUUCCUCUUUCACCUCACAAGCCUUACUUCUUUCAGAUCCCGCGGCUCUGGGACGCUGGUUCUACUCCCAAGAACCAGCACGAGGCAGAAAGAACGUCGGAGUCUGAUGAAGAGGAGAUGUUGAUGGUUCAAGGCAACUUUUGGGUAUGA